CCCCCCCAAAACCAUCACACACCACACACCACACACCACACAACAAAACAAACACAAAAACAAAGCCAAAGCAAUGGCCGACCGCGAGCUAACCCAGCUCCUCGCGCGGCUCAAGGCCGCCCCCGCGACGGCGCCCUACGCGGAGACGGCCGCGCUGCUGUCGCGGGCCAAGCUGCUGCUGCUGCAGCUGAACGCGCUGACGCCGACGGCCGCCGCGGGGCCCACGGCGCCGGCGCUGCUGGCGCUCGCGCGCGACACGUACGAGCAGGGCGCGCUCGCGUCGAUCCGCGCCAAGGACCCGGACGCCUUCACCCGCUACGUCGCCCAGCUGCGGCCCUUUUACGAGCUCCUCCAGUCCGGCGGCGAUGCCGGUGCGGGUGCGGGUGCGGGUGCGGGCGCGGGUGCCGAGGCCGGCGAGCGCAACAAGGUCACCGGCCUGUACCUGCUGCUGCUGCUGACGCAGGGCCUGUACGGGGAGUUCCACAGCGAGCUGGAGGCGCUGUCGGCGGGCGGCGGCGGGGUGGAUGUGGAGGGGGAUCGCUACCUGGGGUAUCCGGUGCGGCUGGAGCGGUGGCUGAUGGAGGGGAGCUACGACCGGGUGUGGAAGGCGAUGAAGAAGGGCGAGGUGCCGUGCGAGGAGUUCGGCGUCUUCUCCGAGAUUCUCACCUCCCAGAUCCGCUCCGAGAUCGCCUCAUCCAGCGAGCGCGCCUACCCCUCGCUCCCGCUGUCGUCGACCAAGUCGCUUCUGUUCCUCGAGUCGGAGGGCGCCGUCGUCGAGUUCGCGCGCAGCCGUGGCUGGACCGUUAAGGACGGGCAGAUUUUCUUCCCCUCGGCGCAAGAGACGGGUGAGGAAGAGCAAGAGAAGGAGAUGAGCCAGAUGGUGAUCGAGAAUACCUUGGGCUAUGCCCGCCAGCUAGAGACUAUCGUCUAGCGGGUUCUAUCAUGUAUUGAUAUGCAUAUGAUCCGUCAUAGAGUCAGAACGCGGGAGGGAAACUCAUGCAUUCGAUAAUGAUAACGGCGUUGCGGGCUCGGAGACAAC